AUGACAGAAAAAUUAGGUUUCGAGGAGCUCCGGUUAAAAUAUAAGGAUGUAUUGUCUAAAGCAUUCGCUACAAACAAUAUUGACCUCUUAGAUUCCUUCUCAAGAAAUACUAAUGAGGCCGAUCGGAAAGCUGCUAUGGAUCAAGCGUUUCGAGAUAAACUUUUGGAGCUACUCGUCGAGAAUCCAGACAUCCUAGAAAACUACGUUUGUUUUUGCAUUGAAUCGUGUAGAAGGCAUAUGGUAACACCCACCAUGCCAGUCGUACUUCUAGGGGAUAUAUUCGAUGCCUUAACAUUGAAUAAAUGUGAAAAAAUGUUUGCGUAUGUAGAGAAUGGGGUGAACAUAUGGAAAGAAGAGUUAUUUUUCGUUGCAUGCAAAAACAACUUGCUUAGAAUGUGCAACGAUUUAUUACGACGUUUAUCACGUUCACAAAAUACUGUAUUUUGUGGAAGAAUUCUUUUAUUUUUAGCAAAGUUCUUUCCAUUCUCAGAGAGAUCGGGGCUAAAUAUUGUGUCUGAAUUUAAUUUAGAAAAUAUCACAGAAUUUGGAGGAGAUAAUUCAAGUACUUUGAAAGAUUCCCUAGAUGAAGAAAUGGUAGCUGAAGGUGAAAAAACUAAGUUGUCUAUAGAUUAUAACUUAUAUUGCCGUUUUUGGAGUCUACAAGACUUCUUCAGAAACCCGAACACCUGUUACAAUAAAAUUCAGUGGAAGACUUUUGUAGCUCAUUCAGGUAGUGUACUCUCAGCAUUCUCAUCAUACAAAUUAGAAGCUGUCGAACUACAGAAGUCUAACCUAAAUAGACUGAAGCCUGUCAAUACUGAUGUUGAUAUGCAAGAAUCCAAUAAGGAGCAGCACUACUUUGCCAAGUUCCUAACCAAUCAGAAACUCCUUGAAUUGCAAUUAUCAGAUUCUAACUUUAGAAGAUGUGUCCUCAUACAAUUUUUGAUAUUGUUUCAAUAUUUAACAUCAGCUGUUAAGUUUAAAAUGGAGUCCCAAGAACUUAAAUCAGAUCAAACUGAGUGGGUUAAAGAGACAACAGCAUUAGUUUACCGUUUGUUGGGUGAAACACCUCCAGAUGGAAAACGUUUUGCAGAAUGCGUCAAAAGCAUAUUACGCAGGGAAGAGCAUUGGAAUAGCUGGAAAAAUGAUGGGUGUCCUGAAUUUAAGAAACCCAAACCACCAGUGACAGUGGACUCCACAGAAGAAGUAAAGAAGUCAAGGAAGCGAAGGAAACCUGUGGGCGACAUAAUUAAAGAAUAUGAAGCUCAAGACAAAUUCUACAUGGGCAAUAAUGAGUUGACCAAAUUAUGGAAUCUAUGCCCUGAUAACCUAGUAGCAUGUCGGACCAAGGAGAGAGAUUUCAUGCCAUCAUUAGAGGGGUACAUGUCCGGGGGUGCGGGCGGCGCGGGGGGCGCGCGGCGCGCGGGCGGGUGGGGCUGGCGCGCGCUGCGGCUGCUGGCGCGCCGCUCGCCGCACUUCUUCGUGCACACCAACAACCCCAUCGGCCGCCUGCCCGACUACCUCGACGACAUGGUGAAACGCGUUGCCCGUGAGGUGGCUGCGAACGCCGCUGCAAACAAUUCCAACGGGGAAGCGUCUAAUAACCACAAUGAUAAAUCGACGAAACAGGAGCCGCCCGAAGAGGAGGUUACUGAGGAGCAGAUGGAAGCGGAUCUCAUCAAGGGUGCUGAUGCAAACGACAUUGAACAGGUGCCGGAUUCUACCCACGGCGGCGAGGACGAAGACAAAUCGUCACGUUCCCGCAUCACAAUGAUCACACCGGCCCAAUUGGACUUGGUCGCCGCGAAACUCGCCGACUGGAAGAAACUUGCCGCGAAACUUGGCUACAAACAAGACGAGAUACAGUUCUUCGAGACGGAGAACGCGACAGAUGCGGCAAGGGCGAAGAACAUGCUCCAACUCUGGUUCGAUGACGAUGAAGACGCCUCUGUCGAGAAUUUAAUCUACAUUAUGGAGGGUCUAAUGCAGACUGAGGCCUCUGAAGCGCUUAAAAAUGCGAAAUGA